GGCACGCGUUUUAGGGUUCACGUGGCUGAAUAAGUCGUGUAAUGAUCAAUUUUUAACAAUAUUUCUGCAAAAUGGGGGACGAGGAAGUGAGAGAAAGCCUCAAGGAGGCUCUUUUGGACGCGAUGGGUGGCACUUUGUCCCCUUUGGCUGACGUGCGGAAGGGUGCCGAGGAGAGGCUGAAAGCCUUGGAAGUUACGGAUGAGUACGGCCGACACCUGUCGGAGCUGACGCUGGACGUCCACUGCGCGCUGCCGAUGCGCCAGCUGGCCUCUGUGAUGCUGCGCCAGUACGUGGACACGCACUGGACGCCAGCCAGCGACAAGUUCCAGCCGCCCGAGCCCAGCGAACAAACCAAAACGUUCAUCCGGCAGGUGCUGCCGCUGGGCCUGAAGGAGUCCAUCAGCAAGGUGCGCGCCUCGGUGGCGUACGCGCUCUCUUCGAUCGCGCACUGGGACUGGCCCGAGCAGUGGCCCGAGCUGUUCGACAUCCUGAUGGCGUGCCUCAAGAGCGGCGACGAGCACGCCGUGCAUGGCGCCAUGCGCGUGCUGACCGAGUUCUCGCGCGACCUGACCGACGCGCACGUCUCCCAGGUGGCACCCGUCCUCCUGGCCGAGUGCUACCGUAUCUUCGUCGAGUCGGACCGCUACUCGAUCCGGACCCGCAGCCGCGCCGUGGAGAUCUUCCACACGUGCGCGGCGUUGAUCGCCACCGUGGCCGAGUACGACCGCAACCUGGCCAAGAGCCUGCUGGUGCCCGUGCUGCCCAAGUUCACCGAGGCGCUGGUCAAGAGCCUCAGCGUGCCGUACGGCUGCUCCUCGGACUCAGGCCUCAAGAUGGAGGUCCUGAAAACCAUCACGAUGCUGGUGAAGAACAUGCCGAAGCAUACGGUGCAGUGGAUGGGCGAGAUCCUGGCGCCGGUGUGGAGCACGCUCACCUCUAGCGCCGUGCUCUACGUCCGCUCACACAUCAACGACCUGGAGGAGCACAACGACCCGACCGACUCGGACGGCCAGGUGUUGUCGUUUGAGAAUUUGGUGUACAGUAUUUUCGACUUCGUCACCGUGCUGGUGGAGACGCCCAAGUUCCGGAGCUCGGUGAAGCAGGGCCUGGAUGACCUCGUGUACUACAUCAUCGUCUAUGGCCAGAUCACAGAGGAACAGAUUGCCACGUGGUCACACGACCCCAACCAGUUCGUAGAAGACGAGGACGAGGAGACGUUCAGCUACUCGGUGCGGGUCUCCGCCCGGGACCUGCUUGUGAGCCUGUGCCGCGAGUUCGAGGACGAGUCGAUCCGGGCCGUCUGCACUGCCAUCUCGCGGCACAUGCAGGAGGCUGCGCUCUCCCGCCAGCAGGGUCACCCGUACUGGUGGAAGAUCCACGAGUCCUGCAUGCAGGCCAUUAUCGUCUGCAGCGCUCAGCUCCUGAGCCAGCUCUCCGAGAGCAAGAUCCAGUUCGACCUGAUGGGCUUCCUGGAGAACGUUGUGGUUGCCGACCUGCGAGUGGAUGGUGCCUCCCCGUUCCUGCUGGGACAGUGUCUGGUGACAGCCAGCCGGUUCGGCGCUGUCAUGAACGUGACGCAGACGCAGUCGUUCCUGCAGGCCACCGUCACCGGUCUGCUCAACAGUCAGCCGCCCGUGGUGCGCACCUCGGCGCUCAGGGCCAUCAUCGGCUUCUGCGAGGUGGUGAAGGAGAAAGCGGGCGGUGCCGAGGUACUGCGCCCCUUCCUCGGCCCCAUCGUCGACAAUCUCAUCACGUUCAUCGCCCAGUACCACGGCGGCGAGGUGCUGGCGCUCAUGCUGGAGGCCAUGUGCAGCGUAGUCAGCGUGGACAAGACGUUCACGGCCACGUAUGAGACCAAGAUCACACCGCUGGCUAUAGCCGUGUUCCUCAAAUACAACAAAGAUCCGGUGAUGGUGUCGCUCUCCCAGGACAUUUUCCGCGAGCUGUCGAAGAACGAGCAGUGUCUGCAGGCGUUACAGAGUCGUCUGGUACCCACGCUGCUCAGCAUCCUGAACCAGGACCCCCAGAAGCUGCCCGGCGGUCUGCAGGCGGUGUCCCUGGACGUGCUGCAGACCCUGAUCCGCUCCUCGACGCCGCCGCUCAGCGAGCUCCUCAUCAGCGAGGCGUUUCCGGUGGCUGUGCGCUGCGUCAUGCACACAGACGACAACUCCACCAUGCAGUCGGGCGGCGAGUGCCUGCGGGCGUACGUGUCGGUGGCCACAGAACAGGUGUGCGCCUACCGCGACAGCCAGGCGCGCUCCGGCCUCUGGUACCUGAUCCAGGUGUGCACCCAGCUGCUCUCGCCCACCGCCUCCGAGUUCUCGGCCGCCUUCGUGGGCAGACUGCUGAUGGUGAUCGUCAGCCGGCUGGGCGACAACCUCGGCAACGAGCUGGAGACGCUGCUGCGCGCCACGCUCAGCAAGAUGGUCAGCUCGCAGACCACCAUCGUCAUACAGAGCCUGAUCAUGGUGUACGCGCACCUGGUAAACCUGCAGCUGGACGCGGUGCUGUCGUUCCUGUCGUCAGUGCCGGGCCCCACCGGCCAGUCGGCGCUGCACUUCCUGCUCACCGAGUGGUGCUCGCGGCAGCACCUCUUCUACGGCAGCUAUGACGUCAAAGUCAGCGUGAUGGCGAUGUGUAAGCUGCUGCAGCACGGCGUCAACACGCACGACUCGCGUCUGAACGAGAUCACCGUCAGAGGCGACGAGGUGAUCAGCUCGGGCCCUGGGAUGCGCACGCGGUCGCAGCGGGCUCGCGAGCCCGAACAGUGGACCUCCAUACCGGUGCUAGUCAAGAUAUUCAAGCUGCUCAUCAACGAGCUGUCGUCGGCGAUCGAGCGGGAUGCCGGCAGUGAGUCCGACCCCGAUGAGGAGUACGAGGACGAGGCGGAAGAGGACCAGGAGAAGAUCGACCUGCCCGAGGGAGUGCCACUGUCCCAGGUGCUCUCAAAUGACUUUCAUGGCUACGACUUCGACACGGUCGACGACGAGGAGGACGCCGACGCGCUGGCCGACCCCGUGUACCACGUGGACCUGAAGCAGUACCUGUCCGAGUACCUGGCGUCGUUCUGCCAGCAACCGUGCAUCGCGCUGUUCGCACCGCACCUGCAGACGGCCGAGCGGCAGGUGCUCUCCCAGAUCGGCGUGCGCGCCGUCUGA